AUGAACAAGCUACGAGUCAUGAAUCAAAACAACUUUUUAUAUCCUAAUUUUUCAAGAUCAAUUACUACAACAUCUUCAUUUUCACCAUCUGAAACUGAAUUGAAUUUAACAACAACACCUGAACUAGAUUCCGAAGCAAUUACGGAAGAUUCAGAAAUAAUAGAAACUACGAAAGAGAAAAAAACACGUAGGAAAAGAAAAUCAACACCCAAACCUCCUAAAAUAUUUGAUCCAUCAACAUUUGACCCAAUCAAUAAUCCCAAUGAAGCAUCUGCAAUUUAUACUAAUUUAGGUUGGUUUUUCAUCCCCAAACAUUUACACUUAACAGAUCAAGAACCUCGUUCUAGCAUUAAUCGAUUUUUCAGUCUUAAAAACUUUAAAAAAAAUCAAACACCUCAGAAUAUUAUACAAGAUUCAAUUAUAAAUGAAUGGUGUCCAUCAUAUGAACCUGAAAAAAUACCAAUAAAAUUAAAAAGAAAAGAAAUUAAAUCAAUUGAAGAAAUGAAAAUUAGAAAAAAUUUAUUUAAAGAACAAAUGUUAGAAAUAAAUCUUGAUGAAAUUAAAAAAAAAUUACAAUCACAACAAUCACAAGCUAAAAAAUCUGAUGAUAAAGUAUCUACUAUUAAAUCAAAAAAACCAAGUAGAGAAGAAACAAAAUUAAGAUUUAAAAUUGACCCUGAAACUGGAAAAGUAGAAAUAAAAGGAAAUUUAAAUUUAAAACAUAUUUGGUUAUAUUAUCAAUCAAAACAAUUAAUAAAAUUUCCAAACCUUACGAAAACAGAAAUAACAAAAAUGUGGAAAAAAAUUUCAGAUAAAGAUAAAUCUCGGUAUUAUGAAGAAUACAAGAAUUUAUUAUUACUGGGUAAAGAUUAUUAUAAUGGUAAAAUUGUAACAUUGGAACUGAGAUUAAGUUUUCAAAUUGAAAAAGAUGGAUUUCAAGCAAGAAAAAAUAGAAAUGAAAUUAUUUUGGAGAAUAGAGCAAAACGAAUGGAAAAUCAAAUUAAAAAAUCAAAAGAAUAA